GCUUCCACCAAUUUUCUGCUACAGUCUGCACGCCUACCAACUUUAAUUUUAUGUGCUACCACAAACACCACCAAACCUCACUAUCUACAAGUAUAAAUAUAGCUCUAUCUUUCCAUUCUCCCCUCACAAAAAACUUGCGAGUGUAAUAUAUACAGCUAAAACAACAUUCCUCUUACAUAUAGUAUACAUACAUAGUAUCUGAUAAUUUUGGACCUGUGGUUGCCAGGCUUAAGAAAUGGGCAAUUUGAAGUGUUUAGCAAUUAUUGUUCUCCUUGUUGCAACUUCGGCUGUGAGUGAAAGCCGGGUUGCGAGAAAAGACUUGGGCCUGGACCUUGGAGGGCUAGGGGUAGGGCUGGGUGUUGGAGUGGGUAUAGGGCUGGGUGGUGGUGGAUCAGGCUCUGGUGCUGGAGCGGGUUCGGGUUCGGGUUCUAGGUCUGGGUCUAGUUCAAGUUCAAGCUCAUCUUCUUCUUCGUCAAGUUCUAGCUCCGGGUCGGGUGGUGGUUCUGGUGCUGGGUCAGAAGCUGGUUCAUAUGCUGGUUCUAGGGCUGGCUCCGGGUCGGGUGGUGGUUCUGGUGCUGGGUCAGAAGCUGGUUCAUAUGCUGGUUCUAGGGCUAGCUCUGGUUCAAGAAACGGUCGGGGUUAAAGAGCAUGGAGGACUUGGUAUGUUGAAAGAAGAAUAAUGGAGUAUUGCAUAUGGUAGUGUGACUAUUUGCAAUCCUACGAAUGGAUUGUACUCUCUUUGUACCUUAUUUACUAUCUGUACUGCUUUAUUUAAGAAUGGUGGUUGAAAUCA